GGGUUCCCAUUCCCGAUAAGGGUUCCCAUUCCCGAUAAGGGCUCCCAUUCCCGAUAAGGGCCCCCGAUCCCCGCAGGGGCCCCAGCCGGCUGUGCACACUCAGCACUUUCCAGCAGGGCUAUUUAAAGCCGGCCAAGAGCCCCGUGGCCCUUUCUCUCCCUCUCCCUCCUCCCGGCCCGUCCAGCUGGACUUUCCUCCCGCAGCCAUGAGCUCCGGAGCGGCGGCGGGGCCGAUCUUCAGCGAGGGCGAGGACUGCAGGGCGGCCUGGAGGGCGGCCACGGCGGGCUACGAUGAGCCCGAUGCCCACCUGGAGAUCCUGGGCAAGCCGGUGAUGGAGCGCUGGGAGACCCCCUACAUGCACUCGCUGGCCACCGUGGCUGCAUCCAAGGGCGGCCGCGUGCUCGAGGUGGGGUUUGGGAUGGCCAUCGCCGCCUCCAAGGUGCAGGAAUUCGGCAUCGAGGAGCACUGGAUCAUCGAGUGCAACGAGGGCGUUUUCCGGCGCCUGGAGCAGUGGGCAAAGGCACAGCCACACAAGGUGGUGCCCCUGAAGGGGCUGUGGGAGGACGUGGUGCCAACGCUGCCGGACGGGCACUUCAGCGGUGAGACAUCAACAGCAGGGUGGGCAGGGGCUGGGACCCCACUGCAAAGUGGGGGUGCA